AACACAAGUUCUCUUCACCAAUUAAUUAACAACAAUGAAUAUGCAUCAAAUGGCUUCAAGGUUGGUUUUGAUAAUUAUAUCUAUUUCAUCAUUGGCUUCAGCAUCUAAUCUUGAGGUGGGUUUCUAUAGCUACACGUGUCCAUCUGCUGAGACAAUAGUGAGAAGCAUUGUUAAUAAAGCUGUUUCAGACAACCCUGGCAUAGGUGCUGGAUUGAUCAGAAUGCAUUUUCAUGAUUGCUUUGUCAGGGGUUGUGAUGCAUCUGUGUUACUAGCAUCAAUACCAGGAAAUCCAACGGCUGAGAGAGAUAGCUUUGUCAACAAUCCAUCAUUACGAGGCUUCGAGGUAAUUGAUGAGGCUAAGGCUGAAUUAGAAGCCAAAUGUCCGCAAACAGUAUCGUGUGCGGACAUUCUUACCUUUGCAGCACGAGAUAGUGCUCUCAAACUUGGUAACAUAAACUACAAUGUACCAUCAGGACGAAGAGACGGUCGUGUCUCUAUCGCUGAUGAAGUGCCACAAAAUGUACCCGGACCUUCCUUUAAUGCUGACCGACUUAUAACAACUUUUGCUAAAAAAGGGUUAUCAAAAGAUGAAAUGGUUACACUCUCCGGAGCGCAUUCAAUUGGUGUAUCACAUUGUUCUUCUUUCUCGAAUCGAUUAUACUCAUUCGAUGACGCAAAUGCUAUAGAUCCUUCUAUGGACCCUUCAUUUGUUGAAUUGUUGAAAACAAAGUGUCCUAAACCACCAAGUAACAUUGAUCCAAUUGUGGUGCUUGAUGCUAUUACACCUAUUCGUUUGGAUAAUGUGUAUUAUGAGGGAUUGAUUAACCAUCAAGGCUUGUUGGGUUCAGAUCAAACACUAUUGAGUAGUGAAUCAACAAAAGAAAUUGUGUUAAGUAAUGCUAAUUAUGGUGCUCAUUGGGCUACUAAGUUUGCGGAAGCAAUGGUUCACAUGGGUUCUAUUGAUGUGUUAACUGGCUAUGAUGGUGAAAUUAGGAAAUAUUGCAACUUUGUAAAUUAAUUAGCGUUACUCGUGUGAAAUAAACGUUUAUUUAUUAAUAUGUUAUGUUAGUAGUUAAAGUUUGAAUUAUCAACUUGGUAAUUCGAGUGACUAUAAUUGUUUUAUUUUGAGUAUGGUUAAUAGUCAACACAAUCGUAAAAUCCCAUUUGGGUGUAUCUAAAUCAAUUUGCAAAUAAUUAAUUUCAAGUA